AUGGACAAGAAGAAUAAAAAGAAAACUGUUAUCAAACGGAAAAGCGAUGAUCCCGGGGACGGUGAGAAGAAACACAAGAUUAUGGGAAACCGCGGGAAAAAUGAUAAUGAAAAGGAAAAAGUGGAAAUUGAGGUGAAUCAAGUGGUUGAGGUACCUGUAGAACAGGGCCAGCAGAUCGUUCAUACAGGCCAAUUGGUCGAGGGAAACUUCGAGCAGCCAGUAUUUGUCAACAUGAAAGGCGAACCUGUACAAUUAGGUCCUAACACUGUUAUACUAUAUGAGCAGAGCUCAAAUCCAUCUAAUUUCGCGUUCGGCGGUAUGUGGACUAUGGACUCCUCAGGGAGAAUCGUUAUGGCUGAGACGAUUUACGACGUGAAGGGCGAACCUGAAGAAGAAGGUGGUCCCUUCGUUCAGAACGCGUCAGAAGUAAACAAUCAAGCGGUUGAAGAAACCAGUAAUACUUACCAGCAGUAUGAACUAAGUGGCAGUACUCAAGUUGACGGUCAGGAAUAUGAAGUAGCUAUCAUAGAGAAUCCUGGGGAACCCGCUGAAAGGUCUGAAUCCCAGGUCAUCACAACCGAGGCUCAGCUGGUUGCAGCUGGUGCAGGUGCUGUUCGUUGGCUCAACCAGAAAUACGACUUCGUUGUGAGGAAACUACAGCUAAAUUAUGAUGCGGGCGUCAAGUUACUUCAUUCACAGUCCGGUUGCAUACAAUGCGUCUAUCUCACAACGCCGAGUAUGCAGCUAGCUUUCAAUGCAGUGCCACAGUUUCUAUGUAUAGAGACGGGUAUUGAGUUCAACAGUGUAAUUCCAACCACCGGUGGUAAUAGUCCCAGUGUUAAACACAAUGUGACUCUUUUCCUCGCUGAAGAUGGGAACGGGAAGUCUGUUAUAGUUAGUGCAGGUAUAUCAACAUUAAUAGGCGAGGAUCUGACCUGGUUGUUGGAGACGUUCAAGUCGUGCAACCCCGCGUGGCGCCAGGUGCGGUGUGUUGUAUGCGACCCCACCAAGUAUCUUGAGGAGGUCGAAGCAGCGUUUCCCACAGCCCACGUUUCAUGUUCCGUGUGGCAAGCAGCCAGGGCUGCGGGGCGCCUGGCAGCGGAGUCUGUGAGGGAAGAAGGGGACGCGCCCCUCGCGGUGUUAGCAGCGGAGGACGUGGCAGCUAGGUGUAAGACGUACGCCCUGGCGCUCCUUAGAGGGGACCACACGCCCGCACAGCUACAGGUUUUGAAGAGAGGUAUCAUCGGUACAGGGGCAGGGACUCUUCGUGUGUGGGAGCUUCUUACCCUGCCCGGGGGCGCAGUCUCAAGAUUAGAUAGCUGGCUCGAAGCUGAUAACUACACAAAUAUAUUACACAAGGGUCUGGAGCGUCUCUGCUCAAAGUUCCAGUCCCUGAUCCGUAGCCAGAUGCAGCCAGACGAGUUUGUCUCCUUAUUCUUCAGUGUCGCUAACACCUUGGAGGACGAGAGACGGAACUUUGCCAUCACCAGGCUCAGGGAAACGGAGUCAUCAAAGCAAUCUCCAACCGACACUAUAACACAAUACGCCUACAACCUGAUGUCGCACCAGACGAAACUGGCGCAGAAGAGUCUGGACGAUAGGGUCAGCAGACGUCAAAGCAGUGCUGCCAUCUGUAAGUACGGUACAUCAACACAGGAAUGCUCAUGUCUGUUCAGCAAAGUGUUCCGACUACCAUGCAGGCAUAUAUUGAUGUUGACAACUGAAUUAAAGGUUAAGACACACAUUCCGUUUGAGCCACGAUGGACGGUGCAGCAUUGUCUGUUUGGAUGUGAAACCUCCACUGCUAAUACUAACGCGAGUGGGGGACCUUUCAUGGAACAAGUUGUUGUGGAGACAGACUCACACAGACAGAUACAACAACCGCAGAUACACCAGAUGGGCGGAGGCAGGCAGCAGCAGUAUGUUCUGGCGACACCUGGACAAGCGGCAACACCGGUCUCACAGGUGAUAUUCUGCGGUGGUUCAGUGGGCGGCGUGGGCGGCGUGAGCGCCGUGGGCGGUGUGGGCGGCGUGGGCGGUGCUCCAGUACUGACGUCCGUGUUACCGCCCGGCGGGGCUGUGCUCACGCCUCAUCAUGCUUUACAUCACUAA